AUGAAGAAGGGGAAUAUCUUUCAUUGGAUAAUCUUUAUGGUGGUAAACUUUGUAGGGUCUCAGCAAAUGAAAAGGAGAGAUAUUUUAAAAACACUACUUAGCAGUGCAGAAUAUGACCCUAGAAUUCCACCUGAUUACGAAAAAGAUAUUGCAACAGAAGUUGAUGUCCAGCUUUUCAUUAUCAGUAUUGAUUCAAUUAAUGAAAUGUCAAUGGAUUACACGCUUAACCUCUUCAUUCGUCAGACUUGGAUGGAUCCGCGCCUGAGCUUUUCUCAUCUUAGCAAUAUCAGCAUCCUGGAACUAGACCAGAAGCUUAUAGGAGAUGUUUGGGUUCCCGAUACGUACUUCCAAAACGAGAAAAGCGCAACAAUUCACACAGUUACCGUGCCAAAUAAGCUUCUCCACAUUUACAAUAACGGCCUUAUUAGAUACAGUAUCAGAUUAUCAUUGACGCUUUCCUGUACCAUGGACUUGAGAUUUUACCCUAUGGAUGACCAGACAUGCUCCAUUUUCAUGGAAAGUUAUGGCUAUUCUAUUCAGAAUGUUAUACUGAUGUGGAACCCGGAUGAUGCUGUCAUUAUAGGAGCAGCACAUGCUGAUGAACAGACAUUGCCGCAGUUUUAUUUUUACAAACCAUUGGAAACCCUUGGAUGCUCAACCAUAAAUUCUUUCAACGUGGAAUUCUCUUGUCUCCAGGCUAAAUUGUUUUUCCGAAGAAAUCUAGGAUAUUACAUGUCACAAGUGUUCAUUCCCAGCAUGCUUAUCGUCACUCUCUCCUGGAUCUCAUUUUGGAUUCAUGUGGAUGCUGUUCCCGCGAGAGUCUCGCUCGGGGUCAUAUGCGUGCUCACUAUGACAACACAAAGUUCUGGUUUAAGAAACUCUCUUCCACGCGUUUCCUAUAUAAAAGCGAUAGAUAUAUGGAUGGCUUUUGGACUUUUAUUUGUCUUUGCAGCGCUUCUUGAAUAUGCCUUCAUUAACAUACAGACAAGGAAACAUCAAAAGCGGACAAAGAUGCAAGAGAAGGACGAGAAAAAGUAUGAAACCAUCGAUGAACAGAAGAAUGUUGAUUUUAUGGCACGGGCUCGCCGUGUGGACAGAUUGUCUCGAGUUGUCUUUCCUGUAUCGUACAUACUGUUUAACAUCGUGUUCUGGAGCCUUUAUUUAUCGAAAUAAAUAAUUGUCGAUAAAACACUGAAAAUAUCAACGAAUCUUCCCAAGAAAACGUUGCUCAACUAAAAUCAUUCAUGCCUUGCCUCAUGUAUAACGUGGCCAGAGUUGCUUUGUGGUGGACGAACAUUGAUUUAUAAUCACUUUAUUAUCAAUAUUUAAAGGCCCCAUUCUUGUCACUAAUAAGUAAAUUUUAAACUUUUGUA